CCAUUGACCAACCAUUGACCAUUGACCAACCAAAACAAAAAGGGAACAAAAAAAAGCGAGACGAGACAGGCAGUCAGGCUAGUCGGGCACUUUAUAAAAUCAAAACAUCGAAGGUUAAAAAGAUCAAAAGACUUUGGGUUUUUUUAUUAAAAAACAAUUGCUGCUGAAGAGUACGUGCGGUGCACAACAUUCAUCAAGCGACUUCUGUUUACAUUGUUUUUGAUCAGUUUUUUUUUUUUAAUUUUGCUCACGUGAAUUUCAAAAAGCCGAGUGACAAUGUCUGCAGCUUUUUUCGGACGGAUGAUGGCUUUGCCAGUGAAGCACCUUAUCAGUAGGCCGCAAUUUAGCAGCAAAUCAACACCUUUGGUGACGAGGGCUUUCAGUACAGGAAUGCAACUGAAAGCCGCUGUAGUGCAAAAGCCGGCUCCAGACUUCAAAGGAGUUGCCGUUGUCAACGGAGACUUCAAGGACAUCAAACUCGCAGAUUAUAAGGGCAAAUACCUCGUCCUCUUCUUUUACCCUCUGGAUUUCACUUUUGUGUGCCCCACGGAAAUCAUUGCCUUCAGCGAUCGCAUCAAGGAAUUCCACGCGCUUAACACCGAAGUUGUCGGAGUUUCUACCGACUCGCACUUUUCCCACUUGGCCUGGAUAAACUCGCCAAGAAAGGAUGGUGGUCUCGGUGGACUUAACUACCCUCUUCUUGCAGACCUCAGCCAAAAAAUCAGUACCGCGUAUGGUGUGCUCAUAGAAAAUGAGGGAAUCUCUCUGAGAGGUCUUUUUAUCAUAGACCCAACUGGAACUCUUCGGCAAAUUACUAUAAACGACCUGCCUGUUGGUCGUAGUGUGGACGAGACUUUGAGACUCAUCAAAGCCUUCCAAUUUGUUGAGAAGCACGGAGAAGUUUGCCCUGCAAACUGGACCCCCGAUUCUCCGACCAUCAAACCGAAUCCAAAAGGUUCAAAGGAGUACUUCAACAAAGUUAACUAAUCUGAAGCUGCGGAAGAGACUUCUCGCCUCAUCAUGUAUGUACAAAUAAUAAAAUUCCACGUGAUUUAUUCGUGAUCGA